AAACAUAACCCCGCCACGCCGACGAAGGCACACGAUCACACGCCCGCCAUGAACUUCCCGCAGGAGGAGGAGCGCAUCCUUGCGCGCUGGAAGGAAAUCGACGCCUUCCUGCGCCAGGUCGAACUUUCCAAAGGAAAGCAGCCCUACACGUUUUACGAUGGACCGCCAUUCGCGACCGGCAUGCCGCAUUACGGGCACCUUCUCGCCUCGACUAUCAAGGAUAUUAUUCCGCGGUACUGGUCCAUGAAGGGGCGAUAUGUUGAGCGACGAUUCGGGUGGGAUACGCACGGUGUACCCAUCGAGUACGAGAUCGACAAGGAGAUGGGCAUGUCCGGCCGUGACGCCGUAAAGGAGAUUGGUAUCGCCAAAUAUAACGAGAAGUGCCGCGCCAUUGUCAUGCGAUAUGCGACCGAGUGGAGACACACUAUCGAUCGACUGGGUCGGUGGAUUGAUUUCGACAAUGACUACAAGACCAUGGACACGAGCUUCAUGGAAAGCGAAUGGUGGGUCUUCAAGCAGCUGUUCGACAAGGGUGUUGUGUACCGCGGAUUCAAGGUUAUGCCGUACAGUACCGCAUUGUGCACACCGCUCAGCAACUUCGAGGCGUCGCAAAACUACAAGGACGUCCAGGACCCGGCCGUAGUGGUCUCUUUUCCGCUGUUGGACGAUUCAAACACGUGUCUACUUGCUUGGACCACGACCCCGUGGACGCUGCCUUCCAACACCGGGCUUGCAACACAUCCUGAUUUCGAGUACAUUAAGAUCCACGACGAGGCAUCGGGGAAGCACUACAUCUUGCUGGAAGCGCUGCUGCGGACGCUAUACAAGGACCCGAAGAAGGCGAAGUUCAAGAUUGUACAGAAAUUGAAGGGCAAGGAUAUGUUGGGCUGGAAGUACGAGCCGUUGUUCGACUAUUUCUACGAAGAAUUCAGGAACUAUGGUUUCAAGGUCGUAAACGCGACGUACGUGACAGCAGACAGUGGUACGGGUAUCGUUCACCAAGCGCCUGCAUACGGUGAGGAGGAUUACAAGGUGGCCAUUGAGAACGGUAUCAUCGACCAGAACCGCCCGCCCGUAAACCCGGUCGACGAUGCUGGUUGCUUCACCUCCGCUGUUCCGCAUUUCGAAGGCCAGCAUGUGAAGGCUGCCGACAAGAACAUCAUCAAACACCUGAAGGGUACCGGCCGUUUAGUCGUGGACUCCCAACUUACGCAUAGCUACCCUUUCUGCUGGCGCUCCGACACUCCAUUAAUCUACCGAGCGGUUCCGUCAUGGUUUGUCCGGAUUCAGGAUAGCAUUCCUCAGAUGCUGAAGAACAUCGAAGGUUCGCACUGGGUUCCUUCUUUUGUGAAGGAAAAGCGUUUCGCCAACUGGAUCCAAAACUCGCCUGACUGGGCCAUUUCACGUAACCGUUUCUGGGGUACCCCUUUGCCUUUGUGGGUUAGCGACGACUUGAAGGAAGUUGUCUGUGUUGGAAGCGUGGAAGAGUUGAAGAAGUUGAGCGGCUACGAGGGCGAACUUACAGACAUUCAUCGCGACAAGAUUGACGACAUCACCAUUCCCAGUCAACAAGGCAAGGGCGUACUACGGAGAAGCCCUGAAGUGUUCGACUGCUGGUUUGAGUCUGGAUCAAUGCCUUACGCAAGUGCCCACUAUCCGUUCGAGAACGUCGAGCAGUUCGAGAAAUCUUUCCCGGGAGACUUCAUUGCCGAAGGAUUGGACCAGACGCGUGGGUGGUUCUACACUCUGACUGUUCUUGGCACGCUUCUUUUCGGCAAACUUCCAUUCAAGAACUGUGUCGUAAACGGCAUUGUACUUGCUGAAGAUGGCAAGAAGAUGUCAAAGCGUCUGAAGAAUUACCCUGAUCCCAUGCUUAUCAUGAACAAUUAUGGCUCCGAUGCGCUCCGGUUAUAUCUUAUCAACUCGCCCGUGGUGCGUGCCGAGACGCUCCGUUUCAAAGAAGCAGGUGUCAAGGAGAUUGUUUCGAAGGUACUGCUUCCGCUUUGGAACAGCUACCAGUUCUUCGAGCAACAGGCAGCGCUGUUGAAGAAGGUGGCGGAUCUAGACUUUGUGUUCGACCCCUCGGCUGAGAAAACCAAUGAGAACGUGAUGGACCGGUGGAUCCUAGCCUCAUGCCAGUCUCUCCUGAGAUUUGUCAACGAAGAAAUGGCCGCCUACCGACUGUACACUGUUGUUCCGCGGUUACUUAAGCUCAUUGAUGAUACCACAAACUGGUACAUCCGCAUUAACCGCCGUCGGUUAAAGGGUGAGUAUGGCAUCGAAGACACCAAGCAUGCUCUCAACUCUCUUUUCGAAGUCCUAUAUACCCUCUGCCGUGGACUUGCGCCUUUCACCCCAUUCCUUACCGACAACAUCUACCUGCGACUUCUUCCGCACAUUCCUAAAGAGCUCCGGGCAGAGGAUGACCGAAGCAUUCACUUCCUUCCUUACCCGGAAGUUCGUGAAGAGCUGUUUGAUGAGGUGGUGGAGCGACAGGUCAAGCGCAUGCAAGCGGUCAUCGACUUGGGCCGCAUCUGCCGAGAUCGCGCCAAUAGGGGACUCAAGACUCCUUUGAAGACGCUCGUGAUCAUUCACCCUGAUCCAGAGUACCUGGAUGACUUGCGCGCAUUGGAGAAGAACAACUACAUCAGCGAGGAGCUGAACGUGCGUGAUAUCAUUUUCUCCAGCGAUGAGGAGAAGUACCACGUUCAGUACUCUGCUUCGGCAGACUUCUCAGUUCUCGGAAAGAAGCUCAAAAAGGAUGCUGUCAAGGUCAAGAAGGCGUUGCCAAACUUGACGAGCCAGCAGAUCAAGGAUUUCAUCAAGGACGGCGAGAUGCUGGUCGAUGGUAUCAAGGUCGAAAAGGAAGACCUCAUGGUCAAGCGCGGCCUCGCCAAGGACGAUAGCAACAAAGACCAAGAAUUCAACACCGACGACGACGUUCUCAUUAUCCUCGAUGUUGCCAGCUACCCCGAGCUCGAGCAAGAAGGCCUGGCUCGUGAGAUUAUCCGCCGUGUGCAGGAUCUUCGCAAGAAGGCUAAUCUGGUGCCCACUGAUGAUGUGGGCAUGGAGUACCGCGUGCUAUCGGAUCCUGAGAACGUUGGCAUCGAAGCUUGCUUCGAGAAACAGGGUGCACUUUUCGAGAAAAGUUUGAGGAGGAACGUCGACAAGCACGUCAUCACUGAGCUGGAGGGCAAGAUCCCAGAGAAGGAUGACGAGACAGUUAUUGUGCAGGAGGAGCAGGAGCUACAGAAGGCAACUUUCCUUCUGAGAUUAGUGAAGUUGAAAGGGCAAGAUUGAGCGAAAUCACGAUGUGCGCUUGUUUGCGGCAUCUUUGAGGUUCGUUGAAAACAGUGUUGGGUCAUUUGCGACGUCUCGACGUUAUAUAUGAGUAGAUGAACAAAUCGAACAAUUGAAAUUUAUGGAUUGUCGCUGAUGAG